CGCCGCCCGGCUGGGCGUGGGUCAGGGGCCCGGGCCACUCACCUGUCCGGCCGUGUCGUAGAGUCCCAGGAGAUACUGCUUGCCCCCCACGGUGACGCUCACUGCAAGGACAGAGCCAAGGAAGUGGAACUCCAGAAACUUCCCUAGAUAGAAAGAGCCAGAGGGUCUAUCAGCUGUCCCGCCACCUCCCCCUGUAGGAGCCACGAUGGCCCUCAAUGAUGCGGAUGUUCAGAAACAGAUCAAACACAUGAUGGCUUUCAUUGAGCAGGAAGCCAAUGAGAAGGUAGAAGAAAUUGAUGCCAAGGCUGAGGAAGAGUUCAACAUUGAGAAAGGACGCUUUGUGCAGACCCAACGACUGAAGAUCAUGGAGUACUAUGAGAAGAAGGAGAAGCAGAUAGAGCAGCAGAAGAAAAUUCAGAUGUCUACCAUGAGGAACCAGGCAAGGCUGAAAGUCCUAAGAGCCCGAGAUGACCUCAUUUCCGAGUUGCUAAAUAAUGCAAAGCAAAGACUCAGCAAAAUUGUGGCUCAUGCAGAAGCCUACCAGGAAUUGCUAAACAAACUAGUGCUCCAGAGUCUGCUCUGGUUGUUGGAGCCUGUGGUAGUUGUGCGCUGUAGGCCACAGGAUUUGCUCAUGGUGAAGGCAGCAGUUCAAGAAGCAAUUCCGGAGUACUGGACCAUCUCCCAAAAACAGGUGCAAGUCCAGGUGGAUGAAGAGACGCACCUGACACCAGAUGUGAUUGGAGGUGUGGACAUCUAUAGCUACGAUCAGAGAAUCAAAGUUUCUAAUACCCUAAAGAGUCGCCUGGCUCUCCUAGCCCAGCAAAAGAUGCCAAAUAUUCGAAUGGCCUUGUUUGGAGCCAAUCUCAACCGGAAGUUUUUUGUAUAACCUCCUGAGAAGUGAAGUUCCAGCGGAGAAGUAUUAGGGCAGAGGAAAGUAGUCAUGGUUCCUCCACUCUGUUGCUCUGCUACUACUCU